CGGCUCCUGCCUGCUGGCGCAGACCAGGAGAAGCUUGGCUGUGGGGAGAGGAAAGGCUGCCAGAGGAGGUGUCAGCAUGCCGUCUGCAUUCCAGUUUCAGUGCCACUUCAUUCUCAUCUUCCUGGCAGCCUCCAAGGGGGAGACCAGAUACCUAGAGGUGAGGGAUGCUGGUGAAGAUGAGCCCUUCCUACUUCUCAGUGAAGAUCUGAAGCGAGAGCUGUCUGCAGGGCAGGUCUACCGGCGGUCGCUCCGGUGCAUUGACAUGCUGAGCAUAGAGGGGCAGUUCACCUUCACCGCAGACCAACCACAGCUGCACUGUGCAACUUUCUUCAUCGGGGAGCCAGAGGAGAUCAUCGUGAUCGACUACGACCUUGUAAACAUCGACUGCAAAGGGGGUGAUUUCCUGAAGGUAUUUGAUGGCUGGAUACUCAAAGGAGAGAAAUUUCCCAGUUCCUUGGACCAUCCUCUUCCUACUUCUGAAAGAUACAUAGACUUUUGUGAAAGUGGCAAUAUUCAGAAGAGCAUCAGGUCAUCACAGAACGUGGCAAUGAUCUUCUUCAGGAUUCACCAGCCAGGCAAUGGAUUUACCAUCACAGUCAAGAAAAACACCAACCUCUUCCCUUGCAAUGUCAUCUCUCAGACUCCUUCGGGAAGAUUUACCAUGGUCAUUCCUCAUCAGCACAGGAACUGCAGCUUCUCCAUAAUAUACCCAGUGGUGAUAAAAAUAUCUGAUCUUAUGCUGGGGCAUUUAAAUGGCCUCUUUUUGAAGAAACCAUCAGCAGGCUGUUCAGGAGUGGGAGAUUUUGUAGAGCUGCUAGGAGGAACUGGCUUAGACCCAUCCAAGAUGUUUCCACUUGCUGAUCUCUGUCACUCUUUUCAUGGGUCUGCACAAAUGAAAAUUGGCUGUGACAAUACCGUGCUGAGAAUGGUCUCCAGUGGCAAACAUGUCAACCGUGUGACAUUUGAGUAUCAACAAAUCAACCUGCAGGAAACAGAAAACAGAAAGGAGAACAGCAUUGAGGAAUUCUGCUUUCCUAGUAUCUGAAAAACCAGGCCACACAUUUUCACAUAGCUAAUGAAAAUAAGGUUCUGGUGAAUUAAAAAAUAUGUAUUUUUCCUUUAAACAGCUGGUAGUAUCAAGUCUUUCUACAGUACAAUAAUAUUUUUUUUUUCAUACAGAUCAGUCAUUCCCAUGAACAAGCAAGUAAAAGCAAACAAUAUAUUAAUCUUUGUUACUAUCACUGUAUUAUUUCCACAGUAUUUAAGAUCAUUUCCCAUGCCCAAAAUCAAUAGCAAGAACAGAAGGCUAUGUUUCCCAAACAAAUAUUAUUAGGAAAACAGAAAAAGACCCUCUGUGUAUCUGGUCUGAGUACAUAUGAAACCCACAAUAAGUAUGAACUUCACGCAGCAACUUUAUCCUUUUAUAUCAGGUAUAAACAAAAAAAAAUAGAUGGUGGAAUACAUUUCCAGUUUUGUAAGAGGAAACCCAGAAUUAGUGUGUGUAAAAACUACUGGUUUGUUUAUGACUAUAAAUGUACUAUUUAUUUCUAACGACGUGUUUUUAAUAAAAAUUUAUAGCAUGGAAACUUCCUCACAUAAAUCCAAAUAAAUAAAUUCAUGUAAAGAGUUGGCAAAACGUUAUUACGUUGUAUCUUUCUGAAGAGCUCGCCCAGCAUUCUGGUUUAACUUCCCAAGUCUUGUGCAGUUUUCUGGAAAUGAUGAUUUUGAUCAUAUGUUACUGUGAAACUGUGGACUAUUAAAGUAACACUAUGGGCAGAAA